UAAUGACUGCAUGAACAACAUACCCCCAGGGUGGCUACUCUGCCCAUCUCAACAUGUUCGCCAAUUUCAUGCCCAAGGCGAAAGCCUUCACUCGCGUCGCCCAGAAACCGCCUUCUUCGCAUGUGCGGACAGUGUCCAGCCACAGCGAUGAUUCGCUGGCCGGUGGCCUCAACCACGAGGUACGGCGGCAAAUGUGGGUGCCUGUGAUGCUGCACUCAAUGACCUUUGUUGCAUUCGCUGUUUUGUUCAUCAUUUUUAUCAUCGUCAUCGAAGUGCUGUACUCUGUAUCGAAUCGGAAGGAUGGCUUGAGCUCGAGUCAGGAAAAGUAUCAUUAUCUGUGGACGUAUGGCCCCACGGCGGUCCUUACAAUCGUCGCCGGAUUCUGGGGACAGGUCGAGUAUCGAACGAAACAACUUGCGCCAUGGAAGUCUAUGAGUCAAGAGCCGAAACCUGGAUCGCAAUCCCUGUUGCUGGAUUACGUAUCCGACUGGAAUGUGGUGGUCAUGUUUCGCGCUCUGAGGCAAUCUGUCUGGGUGGUUCCUUUGGCUGUUCUAGGCACUCUCCUGAUCAAACUAGUCACGGUCGUCUCGACCGGUCUGUUUAUGUUACAAAGCGUCUACAUGGAAGCUGUUCCCACCACUCUCCACACCCAAGCGAGCUUUAACGCAGCCGGAUAUGAUGGUGCCAAGGUCGAUGGCACCGCUGCAAUGGUCGUCGCCGGAGCUUGGUGGCUUGACCUUUCAUAUCCGGUGGGAUCAACCGACAAGUAUGCCUUUCAGCCAUUCACAUCCAAAUCCCAACUCGGUAGCCAGGCAGUCGUCUCGGGGACCGUGGAUAUGUUUUCUGCCGAUCUGCAAUGCGACGUAGGCACGGUCACGAAUUGGACGCAGGAGUGCACCUCCCAGGGCUGCGAGGACCUCCAACUCAACAUGACGCUGAGCACGCCAUCGUGCUCCAAGUAUCCGUUGUCCAGUUUUAUCAGAAGCACCUCUUGCGUAGGAGGGUAUUAUGCGGACGUCUUCUCUGCCACCUGCGCCGAUACGGCUGCUGACGAGCAAUUGAUCUUUGCUGCCGCUCACUGGUCGGAAAACCUCACGGAAAUUCAAACGCUCAUUUGCAGCCCGACAUACAAUAUCACCCAAGGAUCAGUCUCACUGCUUUAUGGUAACCAGAGCGUGGUGAGCCUUCACCCCUCCAACAGCAGUACAUAUCGUACAAUUCCAGAUCUCCGCCCAGCCGAGCUUGGAACUGGACUGGUAUCCACCAUGGCAGGCGCCGAGGACACUCUGGAUACGCUGACCUACGUGGAUGACUCGACCACGGAAGGCCGCGGAUAUCAAUACAACUUCAGUGAUCCCAACAGUACCUAUCCUAGCGGAUUCUAUGUCGUCGCGAAUCUGUCCUCGCCACAUGCAAUGAGUGACCUACUGGAUGCCUCGAUUUUAGAAAGGGUAUCCCGUCCUGCCUUCACAGCAAUCGCCGCACAAAUCGCGCGGCAAUAUCUGCUAUCUUCUGCAGAUGCGGAUUUCAAAGGCACCUACUCCGCCCAUAUACAGAGGGUCGUUGUCCGAGAACUCUCCGCCCGAAUAAUGGAGGCUGCCCUGGCCGUCUUGGUCGUUUUGACUGCAAUGCUUUGGGUCUGGAGACCCGUUCGCAGCACACCUCGAGAUCCUGGCACUAUCGCAGGUCUAGCAACUAUCCUGAGUCGGAGCCCCGAUGUAUCGCACCGGCUUGCAGGUUGCAGAAACGCUCAAGACAUAACCGCCGAGUUGGCAGACGGGAAAUACCACACUCGUGUGACCGACUAUGAUGGCCGGACAUUUAGUAUCGAAGAGCAGCACGCAACCGAGGGUACUCGUACGCGGGUCAGCUCCGGUCCUAUGACCUGGUGGCAACCAAUGUCGGUGUCCCUAUGGUGGUGGGCUAUUUCCAUAUUUCUCCCCCUUCUGAUCAUCGCCGGACUGGAAACUGCUUAUCAGAUGUCCGCCCAGCAUGAUGGACUCGGAACCGUUGACUCGAGCGGUUACAUUCGCUACACCUGGGUCUAUCUCCCAGCCCUGGUGAUGCUCAUUGUCCGCAUCUUCUUCGACUGCAUUCAUUUCUCCGCCAUGUUGUUCCAGCCCUACCUCGAACUCCGCCGCGGUGGCGUCACUGCACCCAGCAGCCUGAUGGAGAACCACCUGUCGGAGGUGACAAUAUACUCAUUCAUCACUGCUAUCGCACGACAGCAAUGGGCCAUCUGCGCCACGGCGUUCACCGUCCUCCUAGCUCCUGUCCUUACCGUGGCAGUCAGUGGGUUGUACUCAACACAGGACGUGGUCAACACGAGUCCAGCAUCCAUUGCACGUACCGAUACCUUUAACUACACCAUCACCCCUCACUCCUCCACCGAUAGCGAUCCCGGCCUGGGGUUGACUGGUGCCCUAGUCGUCGCUGUCAACAUGUCCUACCCCGCCUGGACCUACGAUGAACUUGUUAUCCCGACCCUAAGCGAGGACUCUCUGACCGACAAGCACGGAAAAGUCCAGGACCAGUCCUACCUGAACAGUACCACCGACGACCCGACCGUCCUCGAACUGAGCCUCCCAGCCCUGCGUGCCAGUCUAAACUGCACUGCCCUCCCGUCAGAUGUCAUCUACAAUGUCACACUCCCGGAUGACUUUUUCCCUGCCUGGUCCAUCGAAAUGUCGCUCGGCGAGAACUGCCAGGACGGCGAUGGGACUGUCUCCAUGAGUGUCGAAACCGACUACCCCAAUCAAACCCAGGCUGUCUUCGGCUCUUUUCAGUACCUCUCCGGCUUCGCCUUCGGGGAAUGUCCCUCCCUGCUUGGCUUCUACGGCGUGUUCAACGGCAACUCGACCAGCAACCUGCGCGGCUUCACCUGCAACCCGCAAAUCGACCAAGUCAACGCCACCGGCACCUUCACCCUCCCAGGGCUGGAAAUUCAAUCCGUAACGACCGACGCCUCCAGCAGCCAACUCUUCUCCACCAACAUCACCUCCAACCUAUACUUCACCGACUUCCUCCCCGAAGCCACCAAUCAAUACAACCAAGCCUUCGACAACGUCUUCUCCGCCAUGCUCAACGACGAAAAGACCCUCUCCAUCAGCGACCUCACCGACAUGUCCCACUACGACACCGUCGUAAAUGCCACCCAACACCUCUACCGCGUCCUCAUGGCCCAAAGCCUCAACGGAAACUCGCGCAUCCCAUCCACCACCAACUCCACCCGCUACACCGGCACCAUCGUCAACCCGAACCGCGUCCGUCUCGUCCAGAGCGCCAUCUCCACCCGCAUCAUCGAAGGUUGUCUCCUAGCCAUGGUCAUCUCCACCGUCAUCGCCUACUACUUCAUGCACACCAAGGAAGUCAUCCCCGUCAACCCGUGCAGUAUCGCCGGCGCAGCAACCUUACUCGCCGGCUCGGACAUGGUCAAGAGCGACGUGCUCCCCCCGGGGUCGGAAUGGUGCAGCGACAAAGAACUUCUCCGACGAGGUUACUUCAAUGGACUUGUCUUCGGACUGGGGUGGUGGGACGGUCCGCGAUUCGGCAUCGAUAUAGGCAAACCCGAACCGUAUCGCGAUUAGUUAGCUUUCAUACCCAGCUCACCCUUUAUGCGUAAUGAAUGAGAUGUAUAUCAAUUUU